UCGCCGGUGCAGCGGCAAUGCCCCGCAGCCUGGCCGCGGCCCCCGGCCCGCCCAGCUAGCCCCGUGCCGCGACUCUCGGAGCAGCGAUGGGCAACACGGUGCACCGGACCCUGCCAGACUCCAGCCCUCCCGCACGCCUCCUGGCCACCCGGCCUUGCUACGGCCCCGGCCCGGAGAGGCGAGCGGUCCUGGGCGAGGCGCCGCGCUUCCACGCGCAGGCCAAGGGCAAGAACGUGCGGUUGGACGGCCAUUCGCGCAGGGCCACGCGUCGGAACAGCUUCUGCAAUGGUGUCACCUUCACUCAGAGGCCCAUCCGGCUGUAUGAGCAGGUGCGGCUGCGCCUGGUGGCCGUGCGUCCUGGCUGGAGCGGCGCUCUGCGCUUCGGCUUUACCGCGCACGACCCGUCGCUCAUGAGCGCGCAGGACAUCCCCAAGUACGCCUGCCCCGACCUGGUCACGCGGCCCGGAUAUUGGGCUAAGGCCCUGCCCGAGAACCUGGCGCUGCGGGACACGGUGCUAGCCUACUGGGCCGAUCGCCACGGCCGCGUCUUCUACAGCGUCAACGAUGGCGAGCCCGUGCUGUUCCACUGUGGUGUGGCUGUGGGAGGCCCACUCUGGGCGCUCAUCGACGUCUAUGGCAUCACCGAUGAGGUGCAGCUGCUGGAAAGCACCUUUGCAGACACCCUGACACCUCUGCGCCUGGGCCAGGCCCGCCUCAGCGCCUGCCCCCCUCCUGGCAGCCACGAUGCCGCCAACUUCGACAACAACGAGCUGGAGAACAACCAAGUGGUGGCCAAGCUGGGUCACCUGGCUCUCGGUCGCCCCGACGCCUCCGUCCCGUGCGUGGCCCGCGAACGCGCAAGGCCCGCGUCGUCGCCCGCGCUGCUGGACGCCGAGCUGCGCUUCCACGCCACGCGCGGCCCCGACGUGAGUCUGUCCGCUGACCGCAGGCUGGCUUGCGCGCCCCGACCCGAAGGCGGCCGCACGCUGGUGUUCUCUGAGCGGCCGCUGCGGCCAGGCGAGAGCCUGUGCGUGGAGGUGGGCCGGCCGGGGCUGGCGGCGCCCGCGGCUGUAGCCUUCGGCAUCACGUCGUGCGAUCCCGGCACGCUGAGGCCGUCUGAGCUCCCCGCCGACCCUGCCGCGCUGCUGGACCGCAAGGAAUACUGGGUGGUGGCGCGAGCCGGGCCGGUGCCCAGCGGCGGCGACGCGCUCAGCUUCACCCUACGGCCGAGCGGCGAUGUUCUGCUGGCGGUGAACGGGCGCCCGCGGGGACGCCUGCUGUGCGUGGACACCUCACAGGCGCUCUGGGCCUUCUUUGUGGUGCGCGGUGGCGUGGCGGGCCAGCUGCGCCUUCUGGGUACCCUGCAGCCCAGCCCUGAGACCACAACUCCGUCAGGGUCUUUCAGCGGCUCUCAAGAUGACAGCGACUCAGACAUGACCUUCGGUGUCAACCAGUCUUCUUCAGCAUCAGAGUCGUCUCUGGUGACAGCCCCCAGCUCCCCACUGAGCCCCCCAGUGUCCCCAGUCUUCUCUGCACCUGAGCCGGCAGGAAGCAGGAAUGGAGAGUGUACGGUGUGCUUCGACAGCGAGGUGGACACAGUCAUCUACACCUGCGGACACAUGUGCCUCUGCCACAGCUGCGGCCUGCGGCUCCGAAGGCAGGCACGGGCCUGCUGUCCCAUCUGCCGGCGGCCCAUCAAGGAUGUUAUCAAGAUCUACAGGCCGUAGCAGCCAUGCAGCUGGCUCGGCCAAGGCGAGGUCACCUUUCUGAAGCCCCUGCUAGGUGGGCGACACCAUGGCUACCAGGGAGCCCAGGGUCAGGAGCCGUCUCUCGUCUGCCACUCCGCAGCGAUGAGCAAGGCGGGACAGGUGUGGAGGUGAGACCCUGGGGGCCAGAGCCCAGG